AUAUCGAUCAUUACAAGGAUAUGUAACGCAUGUCGAACACUUGCGUGCACUUUACAAGUUUAUAAGUCUAUAAGUUGUAAAAUAUGGUUAUUAUCACUGGCGGAUCCAGGAGCUAACAAGGGGAGGGGAGGCCUAAAAUCGAAAAUUGGUAGUCUAACUUGAUCGUGAACAUGAAUCAUCAACUGCUAACAGUUCUGUUUGUAUUCACCAUUGCAACUGGUGCAGUUGACAGUGAACAAUGGUUGGAGCCAAAAUAUACAUGGAACGUAGCAGAAGGCAAGCCAACUAUGCAAUCAUCGAACUAUUAUGGCUAUAACAAAGGGUUUUCUAAUUUGGCCGUUGAUGGGAACCCCGAUGAUGACUGGUACCAUGGGUCUUGUACGCAUACAAGGAAUGAUGUAAGAGCAUGGUGGAUGGUCGACCUACAAGCCACGUACACGAUAUACUCUGUCAAAGUGGUCAAUUGCAGAAAUUCUGCGCCAUCACGAUUGAGCAACUUUAAGAUAGAAGUAAGCAACAAUAUGGUGAAUUGGAUCCUAUGUCAUCAUCAAACUGGAGGCCUGAGCAGUGCCUGGGAAUUAUACUACUGUCAAGCAUCCGUGUCUGGCCGUUAUGUCAGGAUCCAAUUACAGGGUCAGAACUAUCUAACACUUUGUGAGGUUGAAGUUAACGUGCAUAAUGCAUAAUGGCUACGGACGCCACGGGACAAUUCUGAGAACUGAUAAUAAGCCUCUCUCAGAGAGUUUGCCAAGGCCUAGCAAAUCAUGAAACUAUACAUCUGCUGAGUGUCAGACAACACUGCUAAAAGUCAUUUCUCAAAAUGACCACCACCAUUGACGUCAUAGGAUUAUGUGUCGUUCUUGCUAUAUUUACAAAUGAGCAUAGCUACUAGCCAGUAACAAUGAAGUCUAGUUGUUAUAACUUACUAUAGCUACAUUGCCUUUACCUAUUAUAUUGCCUUAACUCAACCUUGCCUCAUCUAUUUAGAUUAACCUUACCUGUCUAUGUCAAUAAUCUGCAAAAGGCUAAUAAGCCCAUAUGAAGCAGAUAUAUAAUGUAAAUACAUUAUAAAGGGUGACCAAAUCAGAAGACAAUUGCA